UAGUGCAGUACCAUAAUACCCCCAAACGCACCGUCGGCGGUAACAGCACGCCACCACGGCACCGGGCACGACGCUACGACAAUAUAGUACAAUACGCUCUCAGUCUUGUGCACACGCUCGCUGCGACGAGUUGUCAGUCCAUCGCUGCCGUCCGUUUCUCGUCGCUCCCCGCGUCCCGGCUAUAAUAGUAUUAACCUGUCACCGUUACAGCAAYAAUAUCGCCGUUAAUGUAAUACACCACCACACACCGUCAUCGUUGUGUCGCGUACGCCGGCCGUACCCUCGAUACCAUCACACACGACGGUAUAUCAAAAAUUGAUUUGAAAAAAAAGUCUAGCGUAGGUGUGACAGCGGAAAAUACACAUCGCCCCCGCCGAUUCGAUCGACCCGUCCGGUCCUAUUGUGUACCUCUACAACCAACAAGCGCGGCGCACGUGUUCCGUGUGACGGACACCAUCCGCACGCAGCGCGUUCGUUAGUGGGUAUCCAUCACCGCCACACACGCAGUUAUGGCCGCGCACCAAGAACAGACGGUGCCGGAGCACGACCCGUGGAAUGGUCCUCCAAAAGACGGUCUGUACGACCCGCAGCUUGAGAAAGAAGCGUGCGGCGUGGGAUUUAUCGUGGCCAUCGACGGCAAGCGCACCAACAAGAUCGUUCGCGAUGCACAAAAAUUGGCCAUGAGAAUGAACCAUCGAGGCGCAUGCUCAUGCGAUAACGAUUCCGGUGACGGAGCGGGUGUACUGACAGCUAUACCACAUUCGUUUUACGCCCACGAGCUAAGCCAUGCCGAGAGCGAAGAGAUGUUCGCGGCCAUCGGUUUAGAGUGCAAAAUCAAAGUUUUGUGCUGGAGGACGGUGCCGGUGCGCAACAGCCAGAUAGGCGAAGUAGCCAGGAGCAGCGAACCGUUCAUCCGCCAGGCGUUCGUGGUGGACGACGCCGAUGAGUUCAAUGAGGACGACUUCAAGCGCCGCGUGUUCGCGCUCCGGAAGCGUUCCACGCACACUAUACCCAAGCCGGGCAGGAGGUUUUACAUCUGCUCGCUGUCGCACACUAUCAUCGUGUACAAGGGCCAAUUCACGUCGGACCAGCUAUGGGCAUACUUUGCCGACUUACAAAGUCCGGCUUACGAAACGUACCUAGCACUCGUCCACACCAGAUUCUCAACGAACACUUUCCCGAGCUGGGAGAGAGCGCACCCUCUGAGGGUGUUGGCGCACAACGGUGAGAUUAACACGGUGCGUGGUAACGUGAACUUCAUGACCGCUCGGGAAGGUGUGAUGGAAAGCAAGCACUUUGACGACAUCAAAAAGCUUUACCCGGUGGUGGAACCAAAUCUGUCGGACUCUGGAUCGGCCGACUGCGUUUUGGAAUUUCUGAUCAACGCUGGUGAGUGUUCGCUGCCCGAAGCCGUAAUGACCAUGGUCCCGGAGGCCUGGCAGAACGAUCAGACCAUGCCAUCCGAAAAAAGAGACUUCUACAACUGGGCGGCAUGCGCGAUGGAACCCUGGGAUGGCCCUGCCCUGUUGACAUUUACUGAUGGACGAUACGUCGGUGCUUUGUUGGACAGGAACGGAUUAAGACCAUCUCGGUUCUACGUAUUAAAAGACAAUGUGAUGGUUAUGGCAUCUGAAGUAGGAGUGUAUGACACAGACCCAGCCAAUGUAGCUCUGAAGAGUCGUUUGAAACCUGGUCGUAUGUUGUUGGUCGAUACCAAAGAGAAGCGCAUCAUACAAGAUGUUCAACUUAAAUUAGAUAUAGCAAGGAGCAGACCACAUUCUGAUUGGCUUAGAGAGCAGAGGAUUACAAUAGAAGACUUGAGAGAAGAAGCUGUUGCUAAAGGAUUUGGUUUAGUGCGUGCCAAAUCAAUAGAAUUUAUUAGUGGCGAACGUAAAAAGACAAUUAGAGAAAAUAUUCCAGAACAAGAAAUGACUCGCAUAUGGGGAGGAGACAGACGUUUAUUGUUAUUUAGUUACUCAAUUGAAACUAUUAACAUGCUGAUUAUUCCGAUGAUCAGAACUAAAAAAGAAGCAUUAGGUUCGAUGGGAAAUGAUGCUCCACUUGCUUGCCUGUCUUUGUUUCAACCAUUAAUAUACUCCUACUUCAAACAGUUAUUUGCCCAAGUAACAAAUCCGCCGAUUGAUCCCUUCCGUGAAAAAAUUGUCAUGUCGUUAAUGUGUCCAAUUGGGCCCGAAGCUAAUAUUCUUAUACCAAGUGCUAAACAAUGCCAUAGAUUAUUUUUGCCAAACCCAAUACUGUCACUAUAUGAUCUGGAAGUUUUGCGCAAUAAUCAACAUCGUGGCUGGAAGACAAAAGUCAUUGAUGUUACAUUUGAUAAAGAAGAAGGCCCAUCAGGUUUUUCAAAAGCAUUGGAUCGUAUAUGCGAAGAAGCUAGCGAAGCUGCUAAUAGCAACUAUCAGCUCAUUAUUUUGUCAGAUAGAUCAGCUGGUUCCGAAAGAAUACCAGUUAGUAUUUUAUUAGCCUUAGGAGCUACGCACCAUCAUUUGAUUGAUCUAAGACUACGUAUGAAAGUUGGAUUAAUAGUUGAGACCGGCGAAGCUAGAGAAGUUCACCAGAUGUGUGUUUUACUGGGUUAUGGUGCUGAUGGCAUAUGUCCUUACCUAGUAUUUGAAAUGGCAAAAAGCUUACGUGCUGAAGGAGUAUUGGAUUCAUCUUUUACUGAUAAAAUAUUAUUUGAGAACUAUUGUGAGGCAAUGGAAAGAGGAAUAUCAAAAGUUAUGGCAAAAAUGGGAAUAUCCACACUACAGUCUUACAAAGGAGCUCAGAUAUUUGAAGCUGUAGGCUUGGCAGAUGAAGUAAUUAAUAAGUGUUUUAAAGGCACCCAGUCACGUAUUGGUGGUAUAAACUUUGAACGUUUAGCCAAAGAAGCAUAUGAACGUCAUUACCUAUCUUAUUCUUACCGUAAUACUGAUAUGUUGGUUUUGAUGAAUCCUGGUUAUUUCCAUUGGCGUACAGGUGGUGAAAAACACAUAAAUGACCCUAUAAGUAUAGCCAACUURCAAGAUGCAGCAAGUAACAAAAGCACAAACUCAUAUGAUAAAUUUUGUGAAUCAACGAUGGAAAGUGUUCGAGCGUGUACCCUUAGAGGUCAAUUGGAAUUAGUUCCUACCACUAAAUCAAUAAAUAUUUCAGAAGUUGAACCAGCCGCUAAUAUUGUAAAAAGAUUCGCUACAGGUGCAAUGAGUCUUGGUUCAAUCUCUAUCGAAGCACAUACAUCUUUAGCUAUUGCUAUGAACAAAUUAGGAGGAAAAUCAAAUACUGGAGAAGGAGGUGAAAAUUCUGACCGCUAUUUAAAUCAAGAUCCAGAGAAUAACAAACGAUCAGCUAUUAAACAAGUAGCAUCUGGUCGUUUCGGUGUGACCAGCUCAUAUCUAGCUCAUGCUGAUGAUAUACAAAUUAAAAUGGCUCAGGGUGCUAAACCUGGGGAAGGAGGAGAAUUACCUGGCUAUAAAGUGACUAAAGAUAUUGCUGCUACUAGACAUUCAGUACCCGGUGUUGGAUUAAUAUCUCCACCACCUCAUCAUGACAUCUAUUCAAUCGAAGAUUUAGCAGAACUUAUUUAUGAUUUGAAGUGUGCUAAUCCUAAUGGAAGAAUAUCUGUAAAAUUAGUUUCUGAAGUUGGGGUAGGAGUAGUUGCUUCAGGUGUAGCUAAAGGAAAAGCUGAACACAUUGUAAUUUCUGGUCAUGAUGGUGGUACUGGAGCUAGUUCAUGGACUGGUAUCAAAAAUGCAGGUCUUCCGUGGGAACUUGGUGUAGCAGAAACUCAUCAAGUCCUUGUGUUAAAUAACUUGAGAUCCAGGGUAGUUGUUCAAGCUGAUGGUCAAAUACGAACAGGUUUUGAUGUAAUUGUUGCCGCUUUGUUGGGUGCUGAUGAAAUAGGCUUGAGUACUGCACCAUUAAUUGUACUUGGAUGCACCAUGAUGAGAAAAUGUCAUUUAAAUACUUGUCCUGUUGGCAUAGCAACUCAAGAUCCUGUCCUGAGAAAAAAAUUUGCUGGUAAACCAGAACAUGUAAUUAAUUACUUAUUUAUGUUAGCCGAAGAUGUACGUAAGCAUAUGGCUAACCUUGGUGUCGCCAAAUAUCAAGAUCUUAUUGGACGCACUGAUCUUCUUAAAAUGACGGACAGUAACAAUAACCCUAAAGCAAAGUUUUUAAAUCUUAGUCCUGUGUUACGCAAUGCUUUGCAUAUGAGACCUGGUGUUAACAUAAUUGGUGGAUCAGAAUCACAAGAUUUCCAACUAGAAAAACGCAUGGACAAUAUCGUUAUAACUGCUGCACAACCUGUAAUUGAUGGUUUACAAAAAAGUGUUAAUAUUGAACUUACCAUUAAUAAUGAAUGCCGUGCUUUUGGUUCAACUUUAAGCUACCAUAUUUCAAUGAAAUACAGUGAUAAAGGUCUACCAGAUAACAGUAUAAACAUAAAAUUGAAAGGCUCUGCUGGGCAGAGUUUCUGUGCUUUUUUGACUAAGGGAGUGCACGUUACUUUAGAAGGAGAUGCUAAUGAUUAUGUUGGAAAAGGUCUUUCUGGAGGUGAAAUAGUUAUUUUCCCUCCAAAAUCAUCAACAUUCCAAUCUGAACUCAAUGUAAUAGUUGGCAAUGUUUGUUUAUACGGAGCUACUAGUGGAAAAGCAUUUUUCAGAGGCAUUGCAGCUGAACGUUUUUCAGUUAGAAAUUCUGGAGUUGUAACAGUUGUUGAAGGAGUUGGAGAUCAUGGUUGCGAGUAUAUGACAGGUGGUUGUGCAGUAAUUUUGGGUCUAACAGGACGUAAUUUUGCUGCUGGUAUGUCGGGUGGUAUUGCUUAUAUUCUUGAUGUUGAUGGAUCUUUUAAAAGCAAGUGCAAUACAGAAAUGGUAGAACUUCUUCCUCUUGACCGCCAAGAAGAUCUGAACUAUGUUCAAUCUCUUUUAGAAGAAUUUGUUCUUAAAACUGAAUCGGUUAUUGCAUCUAAGUUGUUAGAUUCUUGGCCACAUUCUGCAUCAAAGUUUAUCAAAGUAUUCCCGUAUGAAUAUCAAAGAGCUUUGAAACAAUUGGCUGAAGAAACAAAAGUAACACAAAGCCACACAAAUGUAGAAACCAUUAAUGAGCCUAGUGUUCGUGACAUCGAAGAAACAAUUAAUGACCAAACAUUUGAAAAAAAAAGACUUGAAAAAAUAUUAGAUAAGACUCGAGGCUUUGUAAAAUAUUCACGAGAAACAAUGAUGUACAGACCUGCAGAAAAAAGACUCAAUGAUUGGGACGAAAUUUACAAUUUCCAACAUGUCAGGAAAGGACUUAGAGUUCAAGCUGCGAGAUGUAUGGAAUGUGGUGUACCAUUCUGUCAAUCUUCACACGGAUGUCCUUUGGGAAAUAUCAUACCCAAAUGGAAUGAUUUAGUUUUCAAUAAUAAUUGGCCAGAAGCAUUAAAUCAACUUUUACAAACUAACAACUUCCCUGAAUUUACUGGGCGUGUUUGUCCUGCUCCAUGUGAAGGAGCUUGUGUCUUGGGUAUUAAUGAGCCUGCAGUUACUAUUAAGAACAUAGAAUGUGCAAUUAUUGACCAUGCCUUUGAACAAGGUUGGAUUAAACCUGAACCACCAAAGAACCGUUCAGGUAAAACCGUAGCUAUUGUUGGUUCUGGUCCAUCAGGACUGGCGGCUGCUCAUCAAUUGAAUAAGGCUGGACAUUUGGUAAAAGUUUUUGAGAGGAAUGAUCGUGUUGGUGGAUUAUUGCAAUAUGGAAUUCCAUCUAUGAAACUAUCUAAAGAAGUGGUGCAAAGGCGAGUCAAACUUUUAGAAGACGAAGGAAUAAUUUUCCACACAAAUGUCAGCGUUGGAAAAGAUUAUUUAGCUAAAGAGCUCUUGGAUCAGUUUGAUGCUGUUUUGCUAUGCACUGGUGCUACAUGGCCAAGAGAUCUACCAAUACCAGGUCGUCAUCUAGAAGGUAUUUACUUUGCUAUGAACUUCUUGGAAUCUUCACAAAAGAAACAACUUGGUGGGCCAACAGAYUUACCUCUGUUAGCUAGAGAUAAAGACAUAAUAGUGAUUGGUGGUGGUGAYACUGGCUGCGAUUGUAUUGCUACUUCAUUAAGACAGAGAGCAAGAUCUAUAACAUCGUUUGAAAUUCUUCCUGAGCCACCAGCAACUAGAGGUCGAGAUAACCCUUGGCCUCAAUAYCCUAGAGUAUUCAAAGUGGAUUAUGGUCAUGAAGAAGUUAAAAUUAAGUAUGGUAGAGAUCCUAGACAAUUUUGCAUCAUGAGCAAGGAGUUUGUUGAUGACGGUAAUGGUCACAUUAGUGGUAUUAAGACAGUUAAAGUGAAUUGGACUAAAGAUGAAGCUGGACGAUGGAAAAUGGACGAAGUACCAGAUUCUGAACAGGUUUUCAAAUGUGAUAUGGUUCUUUUGGCAAUGGGAUUCCUUGGUCCUGAACGUACAAUUGUCAAUGAAUUAUCAUUAGCCCUUGAUCCAAGAUCCAAUUACCAGACACCAUCUGGUCGUUAUGCUACAUCUGUUCCUAAAGUAUUUGCUGCUGGAGAUUGCCGUCGUGGUCAGUCCUUAGUAGUUUGGGCAAUAUCUGAAGGACGCCAAGCAGCUAGAGAAGUAGAUGCAUUCCUCAUGGACCAUUCUGUGUUACCCGGACCGGGUGGUGUGAUAUCUAUUCAAACACUUAGUACAUGAACUGGUAAUUUGUAAGUAAUUACCAUCUGGACAAUAUUGAGGGAAUGACGUUGGUUUUUAAAAAUAGCAUCUUAACAUUACAGUGUUAGUUUUUUUUCAACUGAUUAGGUAACAAAACCAUAUUGUUGUUAUAUAUAUAUUUUUUUUUUUUACUAAUAAUUCAAGUGUGGUUACGUUAUUUUUUUAAGCUCCUAAGGAAACAAUAAAUUCCUAAAAUCGAUUUUUGAUUUACUCAUAACAAUAAAAAUAAUAUGCAACCA